GUUUUGAAUGUGAGGAACGGUAGCUGUUAUGGGAUGAAAGUUAUGUCCAACGAGUUUGCGUUCACUUUAACUGAAAGGGCGUUGUUUUGUAUGCAUUGAUGUGUUUGACUGUAAGCACUGUUAGCUCGCGAUUGUGAGGAACGGCAGCUCUAAACUCCUCCAUAGAGAGAGACUAAGCGUUAAAUUGUUUUUAGUGGACGUAUGAGUGCUUUGAUUGCAGUGAUUGACUGUUUUGACUGAUUGUUGUUUUGGUCAUUGAAUUGAAUGCAAUCACUGUUUAUAUGAAUCACAGUUUGAUUUAAUAUUUGUUUGCCAUUUGUCUCAACAGUGAUAGUGAUGACCAAAGCGAUGGUAUAUUUAUGAUAACAACUGAAAAAGUGAUUUCUGGAAACUGUUGCUGAAGUGUCUGAGCACUCAUACGGUCGCCAAUUGUGGUCAAUGAGUAUCAUAAGUGCAAUCAAUUAUCAUAAAAACUUUAUCACAAAGUGAUGUCAAAAAUGGUAGAAAUUAAUACCUUUUUAGUGACAGUCGUCUUAUUGUCGAUUGUUUGGCCAAUCGAUAGCACUCACGGCAAUCAUAUUCAUCAUUCAUCAAAAUCUAUGCAAAAGCGGUCAGUGAGGCCAACAAAGAGCUAUGAAUUCAAAGAGUCAGACGGAUCCACACAAGGAAUGACUGUUUUCCAAUUGGACCGCAAAAUAUCUGAAGAAAAUUACAAAAUAGAAACUCCUAACAGAUGGGUAACCGUCGACCUCAACGGUGCCGUCAAAGUCAAAGAGGUCUGGGAUUAUGAACAACUCGGAAAAGAAAAGACAAUCGACUUCUGGGUGUAUGCGACCGGUCCUCAUCUCAAUGAUCUCGAAAGACAACGUAUUAUAAUUCAUUUAAAAGAUGUCAACGACGAGAAUCCUUAUUUUAUUAACAGACCGCUUCCCAUGCAAGCUGUGGUUCAAUUGAAUGCACCGCCCGGGACACCGGUAUUCAAACUCCAAGCCCGCGAUCCCGACACUGAUCAUAAUAUUCAUUAUUUUUUGGUCAGAGAUAGAACCGGAGGUCGCUUUGAAGUCGAUGAACGAAGCGGUGAAGUGAGGACUCGCGGCGCCGAUCCUUUUAUGCUCGACAAGGAAUAUGUUCUUUACGUCAAAGCUGAAGAUCAUAAUGGGCCUACUGGUGAUCGACAAUUUCAAUCAACCAAAGAGGAACGCCUAUCAAUUAUGGGCGGCAAAAGACCGCCACAAUUCUAUUUGCCUCGAUAUGAGGCCACCAUUCCUGAGAAUCAACGAAAAGAUUCUGAUAUUAUUGAAGUAAAGGCUAAAUCUUUUGCCGAUAGAGACAUCAGAUAUACUCUGAAAGCUCAGGGUAAAGGAGCCGGCACUUUCAACAUUGGACCCACUAGUGGUGUCGUCAAAUUGGCUAAAGAACUUGAUUAUGAAGAGCUCAGACAACCGAAGACAUAUUCAUUGAUAGUGACGGCAACUGAAGAUUCCGGUGGUUUUUCAACAUCUGUUGAGUUAACUAUUAAAGUAACGGAUGUUAAUGAUAACGCACCCCGAUUUGAAUUACCCGACUAUCAGGCACAUAAUAUUGACGAAGACAUUCCUAUUGGUACAUCUAUUCUUCAAGUUUCGGCCACAGAUUUGGACACUGGAAAGAAUGCAGAAAUAGUGUAUUCAUUAGGUCGUGAAGAGUUUACUAUCGAUGAAAAAGGAAUUAUUUAUUCAAAUAAACGACUGGACGCUGACAUAAAUAACACUUAUGUGUUGACAGUAAAGGCCACCGAUAGAGGAGAUCCACCAAUGACUGGAACGGCCACUGUUCGCAUUUACACAGAAAAUAAAAAUGACGAAACGCCUAAAUUUAGUCAAGACGUCUAUACCCCUAAUGUUGAUGAGAACGCCGGACCCAAUACUUUAGUAACAACUGUAGUGGCGAGUGAUAAGGACGGCGAUAAUAUUCAUUUUGGAUUUGUUGGCGGAGGUACCACUUCGGGAAUGUUUACUAUAGAAGAACGAACUGGAGUUAUUCGGCUUAUAUCUGGAGAAAUUGAAUUAGAUAAAGACAAAUAUGAAUUGAAUGUGACGGCUAGGGAUGACGGUUCCUGUUGUAAAAACGGUGCGCUCACCACACAUACGAGUACAGCAUUAGUGGUAGUUUUCAUAACCGAUGUCAACGAUAAUAAACCCAUUUUUGAAGAAUGCGGACUUUAUGCUCCACAAGUAGAAGAAGGUGCCCCCAGUGGAACAACUGUUAUCACAGUUAAGGCUACCGAUCAAGAUAAAGGUCACAACGGUCAGGUCAGAUACUCUAUUGUUCAACAACCCAAUCAAAAAGGAACUAAAUUUCUUGUCGAUGAAGUGACCGGAGAAAUAAAAACCAAUAAAGUGUUUGAUAGAGAGGGAGACGACGGCCGCUUCGUUAGUGUUACAGUCAAAGCCGUUGAUAGGGGUUCGCCUCCUUUAGAAGGCGUUUGCUCUUUUAAGGUCGAAAUAACUGAUAUUAACGACAAUCCACCACUUUUUGAUAGACAAGAAUAUAAAGAGAAUGUCAAACAGGAUACUCCUAUUGGAACAAACAUAUUGCGUGUUUCAGCAUCUGAUGAAGAUGCCGACAACAAUGGCGCCAUUACUUACAACUUAACAGCUCCUACUGAAAAAUCUGAUAUUCAUUACUUUGCCAUUAAUCCAGAAUCCGGUUGGAUUAUGCUUAAGCGACCACUUGAUAGGGAUCAAUAUCAUCUAAGAGCCAUUGCAACAGAUAACGGCUUUCCACAACACAGAGCUUCGGUUGAAAUUGUAAUAGAUGUGGUCGACAGAGCAAACAAUCCACCCAUUUGGGAUCAACCCGUUUACGGACCCAUUUCUAUUAAAGAGAACCUCGAUGUUGGACGCAAAGUGAUAUCAAUUAAAGCUCGAUCGGGUAUUCCCGACAAUCCAACGGUGUUUUACUCUUUAAUGAGAGGCGGAACGGAACAGACUAACAAAAGAGACAGUUUUUAUUUGAGUCAAAGGGUUGAAAAUGAGGUGACCUGGGCUGACAUUUUUGUCAAUUAUCCACUCGAUUAUGAAAAAAUACAACAAUAUAAUCUAACAAUUCGUGUCGAAAACAAUGGUAUUCAACAAUUAGCAUCCGAGGCAACUGUUUAUAUUGUAUUAGAAGAUGUAAACGAUGAAAUACCAUUGUUCAUUGAAAGGGAACAGGAGACUGUUUUGGAAGGUAUGCCGUCCGGUACUAAAGUAACACAAGUUCAGGCCAUUGAUAGGGACGGCACUUAUCCCAACAAUAAAGUCUAUUAUGGAAUUGAAUCUAAAGAUGGAAGUGACCGCUUCUUUUCAAUUGAUCGCGAAACUGGAGAAAUAUAUACUAAAGUAGAGUUUGAUAGAGAAGAAAAACAGGCUUACGCUAUAUUAGUCAAAGCUGAAGAUGGGGCCCCAUCUGAUAGACCUAAUAGAAAAGCACAAGAACCCAAUUCAGUGACAAAAUACAUCCGUAUUGGAAUCGGUGAUAAAAAUGAUAAUCCACCCUAUUUUGAUCAACAACUAUAUGAAGCCGAAGUCAAUGAAGAUGAAGAUAUUCAACACACAGUCAUUACAGUUACCGCCAAAGAUAAAGACGAAUCCUCAAAGAUUCGUUAUGAGAUAACCCGGGGUAAUCAGGGUGGAGCGUUUGCCGUCAAAAAUGAGACGGGUGCUAUCUAUGUGGCCGGACCUCUUGAUUAUGAAACUCGAAAAGAGUAUGAAUUAACUUUGGUUGCAUCCGAUACUUUGAAAGAAAAUCACACCAAAGUUAGAAUCCAUGUGAAAGAUGUUAAUGAUUUGCCCCCAAAAUUUGACCAAAGCUCGUAUGAGACCACUAUUCUUGAAGAAGACUCAGUUGGUCUUCCGAAAGGCAUUCUUAAGGUGACGGCAACCGAUGGAGAUCGAGACCGUCCGCAGCAAAUAGUUUAUUUCCUUACAGGUCAGGGCAUUGAUGACGAUCACCCGCAGAAUAGCAAAUUUGCAAUCAAUACAACUUCUGGUGAAAUCUAUGUAUUGCGACCUUUGGAUCGUGAUUUACCUACCGGUCGAUCGCAAUGGAGAUUCACUGUAUUUGCUGAAGACGAAGGAGGAAAUGGAUUAGUUGGUUACGCAGAUGUUUUGGUUAAUCUUAAAGACAUUAACGACAAUGCGCCAUUUUUUCCAUAUUCAAUUUAUACGGGUAAUGUUACUGAGAAUGGAACAGCUGGUAUGACUGUUAUGACAAUGACUGCCACCGAUUACGACGACCCGAGCGAAGGUCUUCACGCGAAACUCAAAUACUCUAUUGAACAAAACCAAGUCAAUGAAAACGGCGAACUUAUCUUUACUAUUGAUGAAGAAACUGGUGUUAUCUCUACUGCUGUUUGUUGUUUAGAUCGCGAAACAAAUCCCGAAUAUACCAUAAAAGUUGUUGCUAUGGAUGGUGGAGGACUUAAAGGCACUGGAACAGCUACAAUCAAAAUUAAAGAUAUUAACGAUAUGCCUCCAGAAUUUACUAAAAAGGAUUGGUUUGUAGAAGUGGAUGAAACGGAAGGCGACAGUCUUCCAGAAGUACCAAUUCUUGUUGUAUCAGUCAAUGAUGGAGAUCUAUUGGAAACAAAUCGAUUUAGUUAUAAAGUUAUUGACAAUGCAUUUGGUUCGGAUAAGUUUACAAUGGUUACCAAUUCUGAUGGUACCGGCUCUCUAAAAGUCGCCAAACCUCUGGAUUAUGAAGAUUUACAACAACGUUUCGGUUUUAAUAUAACAAUAUCUGUUAGCGAUAACGGCGGCGAACAAGUGGACAGCUAUCACAUUGACUACGCAAAAGUGAACGUUAGGUUACGUGAUAUUAAUGAUAACAAACCUGAAUUUGAAAAGCCAAACAUCGAAGUGACUGUUCUCGAAGAUUCUAAAGAAGGCACGAGUUUGGCCACAUUUCUGGCCACAGAUGCAGAUCAGGGCGGAAAGUCACGUGUUAGCUAUCAAAUUGAUCGCACAUCUGAUAAACGCCGACAAUUCAGUAUUGAUCAAAAUGGUGUCGUAAAAAUACAACGAAUGCUUGAUCGUGAAGAGACACCCAGACAUCAGGUGAAGAUAUUGGCCGUUGACGAUGGAGUGCCUCCGCGUACAGCAACUGCUACACUGACUGUUGUGGUCGGAGAUAUCAAUGACAAUGCUCCACGAUUUCUUAAAGAUUAUCGACCAGUUAUUACGGAACAUAACUCUCCCGGAAAAGUGGAAGAAAUAUUAGCCACCGAUGACGAUGAUAGGUCUAAAGGCAAUGGACCGCCGUUUACCUUUAGAAUGGAUCCCAACGCACCCGAUCUCAUCAGAAAAUUUUUUGAUGUACAACACGACCCUAAGGGUGCAAAUGGAGACGGAAUGGCUAUCGUUCAGUCAAAAGAAAAGUUUGAUAGAGAAACUCAAAAAGAAUAUUUGGUUCCUAUUAUUAUUAAAGAUAGUGGAUAUCCAUCAAUGACCGGAACCAGUACUUUGACUGUAAUUAUUGGUGACAUAAAUGACAAUCGUAUGCAUCCGGGCAGCAAAAACAUAUUUGUUUAUAAUUUUAAAGGACAGUCGCCUCCAACUCAAAUCGGUAGAGUUCAUGUCGAAGACUUGGAUGAUUGGGACUUACCCGACAAAACUUUCUUCUGGGAGGGCAAUACUCCGCAUCCAUUAUUUGAUUUAAAUCCUGACGACGGAAUGAUUACAAUGAAAAAUGUAACAAAUGGUGAAUAUUUUCUAAAGUUUAAUAUUUAUGACCGCAAACAUACGCAAGAAGUUCCGGCUAAUGUAACAGUUGUUGUGAAAGAGAUUCCUGAAGAAGCAAUUUAUAAUUCGGGAUCAAUUAGAGUGUCGGGAAUUACAUCGGAAGAAUUUAUUCGUGUUUGGAAUUAUCAACAGCAGAGACAACACAUGUCAAUGUAUGAAAAAUUUAAAGACGUAUUGGCCCGCAUUCUGAAAGUCGAUAAGAAUAAUGUGGAUGUGUUUAGUGUGAUAACUAAACAAGAAAGACCUCCGCAAACAGAUAUCCGUUUUGCAGCUCAUGGAUCUCCUUAUCAAAAGUCUGUCUUCCUCGACGGUGCUGUUAGUUUAAAUAGAAGAGUCAUUGAACAUGAAGUUGGCAUUAAUAUUACAUUAGUCGGAAUUGACGAAUGUCUCAUCGAGAAUGUAAAUUGCGAGUCCAGUUGUACUAAUAUAUUGGAAAUAAAUCCUCAACCAAUUGUAGUGAAUGCCAACCGAACCUCUUUUGUUGGCGUAAAUGUGUGGACAAAAGCAAAAUGUGUUUGCGGUGCACGAGAUUUUACCGAAGUUGAGACGUGUCGCAAAAUGCCUCCUCCGUGUCAUAACGGUGGCCGAUGUACCGACACUUCAGUUGGUGUACUCUGCAAAUGUCCCGAAGGAUAUACAGGUCCUCAAUGCCAAAUGCCUGUGCGAUCAUUCAGAGGUGAUGGCUGGGCAUGGUUUGCACCACUGCAACAAUGCCAAGACUCGCAUCUAAGUCUUGAGUUUAUGACCCGAACACCAAAUGGUCUUAUAUUUUAUAAUGGACCUAUUGUUGAGCCAGUAAUGGGAAUGAAAGCCGUCAGAGACUUUAUAUCAUUGGAGUUAUUCAGAGGAAAAUUAAGAUUUUUGAUCGAUUUUGGUUCGGGAACGGCUGAACUUACACUUAAUCCUCUCGGAGAUCUACACGACGGUGAAUGGCAUAAAGUCGAUAUAUUCUGGUCUAAAGAAUCGGCACGUCUUAUGCUUGACAAUUGUGUCGGUACUCUUAUUGAUGAAGUAGAUCCACCAAAGAUAGAUAGAUCACGAUGUGAAAAUAUAACUCGAAUUGUCGGCUUUAAUGAAUAUCUUAAUGUGAAUUCUCCGCUUCAAAUCGGAGGAGUACUUAUUGGACACAAACCAAUUGAUAAUUAUUAUGACUGGCAUUACUUGCCAUCGAAAGAAGGUUUUAAUGGUUGCAUUAAAAACUUCAUUCACAACUCAAUAACGUAUGACUUGGGAUCUCCUGGAAGUUCUGAGAGAAGCGAACCGGGAUGUCCUGUCUCUGAUGAUCAGUGCAAUGCCAAUGCCAUUACUAAGAAAUGUUUUCACGGAGAAUGUAUCGGCACUUACAACUCUGCCCGUUGUCUUUGUGACUCUGGCUGGUGGGGCGCACGAUGUGAUAAAGAGACGCAAUCGAAAAUGUUUCAACAAAGUAGUUAUAUUAAAUACGCCCUGUCCUUCGAACCCGACGCUUACAAAACUGAUAUUCAGCUAAUGUUCCGCACCCGACAAAAACACGGCGAACUGUUUCGAGUGGCUUCAAAACAUGGCCGCGAAUAUUGUGUACUUGAAAUCAAAGACAAAAAAUUGCGGUUUAAAUUUAAUUUAAAUAAUUUGAGAUCUUCUGAAGAAAGAGAGUUAUGGCUGCCAUUUGUGUAUAUCAGUGACGGUCAGUGGCAUUCAGUUCACGUACAACGCUUCGGCAGCACUGCUUCCAUAGCAUUAGACGGUGGCGGUGGACGUCGUUUUAAUGAAAUAAUUGAUUACGAAGGGUUGCACCAACUCUUGCCCGUCGAAAAACAAAAUGUGAUCGCCGGAGGAGAUGUCCAAUAUGUCGGUCCCGGUGUUACUGUUGUAGAAUCUGAUUUCCAAGAAGGAUGUAUGAAUGAUAUACGACUUGACCAGAGAUAUCUUCCAAUGGAAAAUGGAUCUGAAAAUGCAGCUGUAGUUGAAUGGAGGAAUCUCUUGAAUGGCUGUCCCUCAAACAAUCCCUGUGAAGGCAUUCAUUGUAAUCAUCCGUUUGAAUGCGUUGAUCUCUGGAUGAUUCAUGAGUGCAGUUGUCCGACUGGUCUUCAAAUGACUGGCAAUAGACUCGGUUGUGAAGACAAGAAUGAAUGUGAUUAUCAUCCGUGUGGUAGAGGAGGUCAAUGUUUUAAUGUAGAAAAUGGAGGCGGAUAUUGGUGUGACUGUCCUAUUGAUGGCUUUCGAUGUGAUAAUUGUAGCUGUGAUGAGGGGCCAUACCUACGACACGCUCACGCAACCAUUGGAUUAGGGGGCGACGCUUUAGCUAUUAUUAUAUUAUCACUUAUUUUUUACUUAAUUCUCGUUUUGGUAAUCGUUGCCUACACUCGAAGUCGUCGUCCACACCAUAAGUUUGGCAAUGAAAUGGACGAUGACGUACGAGAAAAUAUCAUCACUUAUGAUGACGAGGGUGGCGGUGAAGAUGAUAUGAACGCUUACGAUAUAACGCCAUUACGUAUCCCAAUUGAUCCAACAACCGGUGCUAUGAUUGGUAAAGACAAACCUGGAAUUAUUAAAGAUAUGCGUCAACGACAAUUUGAUCCCAAUCGAGACGUUGGAGAGUUGAUUCGUGAAAACUUAGAAAAGGCAGACAAUGAUCCAAAUGCUCCGCCUUUCGAUGACUUAAGGAAUUACGCUUACGAAGGCUGUGGCAGUACUAGUGGCUCAUUGAGCUCAUUAGCCUCAGGAAUGGAUGACAACGAACAAGAUUUUGAUUAUCUUAACAGAUGGGGACCGAGAUUUGCUGCACUCUCUGCUAUGUAUGGACAGGGAGAGAGUGAAGACGAAUAAAAUGAUAGCCAAAUAUUUCAAAGAUCUCAUCUAAUUUAACACAAAUGUUAUAUAUAUUGUAAAUAAUGACUUUAUCGACAAAUAAUCCAAUCAAUCGACACAAUGUUUAAGUCAGCACUUAAAAGGAUUAUUAUUAUUACUGUUUUAAUUUUAGAAUCAAUUUUAGAGAAAAAACUGCAAUAAUGUUAUGGAUUAAUUAACAAAUCAAAAUGAAAACAUGACAUACAAUGACCAACAAUUGGCACAUUUAUAGCCGUCCCUUACUUUUAAUAUUAUAUUACUAUUAUAGUGUUGAAUGAAAGUGUUUUAAAAUGCUUGACGGCUCAAGACAUUAAUGACAGAUAUGCUAAGUGCUUACGAUUGUGAUUAUCAUUGACUACUAAUACGUGACAUUAUAUAAAAGUGAAUCAUAACUACAACUGCUCAACAAAUGAAUCAUAAAUGCCAUCAAAUUUGACUUAUUUUACAUUUGAUAUAUUCCGGCAAUUCUGAUGAAGAAUGUGUUUAUAACUAAUUGUCUGUCGAUUUAUUUGUUGUUUUAUACGAUAUUUUAUAUGAUUUAUACACAUUUAUACUUUAGAUAAUAAUAAUCGGCCCAAAACUGCCAUUUUAUUAUCAAUCUGUUAAACGAUUUGAUUUUAAAGUGAUUUUUAAUUGACAAUUAUGUACAGCCUUUCGAUAAGGAAACGCAUUGAUUGACCACUUUUUAGGCUAUAAUUAGCAGCUCUUAAACAUUCCAAACAAAUAAUAAAUUUGUAAAUUAUUUACAAUUAUUUUAAUUAUUGAUUUUUAUACUUUUAAUUACACCAUUAUAUUCAACUACAUUUUACUUAUGUGCCAAUUUUUAGUAUGUCUAAUAACUUUAAUUAUUAAAAUAUUCACUUAUUUCAAUAAUUCAUUUAUUUAUUAGAUAGUCUUUUAUCUUAUUUUUCAUAUUUUACGACUUA